AAAUGGCAGGAUUCAUAGUAGAUGCCCAGAAAAUGUGGGAUGAGGUUCUUGUCAAUGCAGAUCCACGUGUAGAGGAUUGGUUUAUGAUGUCCAGUUUUGUCCCUAGCCUCAUUAUCUGUGUGUUGUACAUAACAAUUGUGUUACUUGGCCCCACGCUGAUGGCAAACCGGAAACCAAUGGAGAUCAAAAAUAUCUUGUUGGUGUAUAACUUGGGAAUGGUAGCUCUCUCUACAUAUAUUUUUGUGGAGUUCCUGUUGUCGGGCUGGGCCACUGGUUACAGCUUACAUUGUCAGCCAGUAGAUUACUCCAACUCUAAGGCUGCUGUGAGGAUGGCAAGUACUUGCUGGUGGUUUUACAUAUCCAAGUUCAUUGAACUUUUUGACACCAUUUUCUUCAUAAUGAGAAAAAAGUUUAGCCAGGUUUCAUUCCUGCAUGUAUUCCAUCAUGGGAUUAUGCCGUUUUCCUGGUGGUUUGGAGUCAAGUUUGUGCCAGGUGGAUUUGGUACCUUCCAUGCACUGUUGAAUUCCUUUAUCCAUCUAAUGAUGUAUACCUACUAUGGACUGGCAGCUUUGGGACCUCAAUAUCAAAAAUAUCUUUGGUGGAAAAAGUAUAUGACAAAAAUGCAGCUGACCCAGUUCAUACUCUGCCUGAUUCAUGCCACACAAUUAUUGUACAUGGAAUGUAAUUAUCCAACACUGUUUGCCUACUGGAUUGCACUGUAUGCAGGAAUAUUUCUUGUGCUGUUUGCGGACUUCUACUACAAGGCAUAUAUGUCCCGCAGGUCAAAGCCACAGAGCAAUGGUGCUGCACAGAAUGGUGUCAAGGAGAAAACUAAUUGAUGUUCCUGGUUGAUUAGUUCAUUAGUUAUUUGCACGAUUGUUAGAGAUCUGAUUUAUUUUUUUACUGAAAUGCUUUUACUUUGUGCCUUUUUUACACUAUUUAUAUAAUAGUACUAACAACACUUUGGUAGGUGCCUCCAUUGUCAAAAUAUAUAUGAAAUAAUUAUGUUGUACUACUGAGUUUGAUCUGAUUGUUGUCGUAUUACUUAGAUAUUGACAUAUAUUAUAUUUAGAAAUUUGUAAAAGUCACUUAAUUGCUGCAAUUAACCUGUUAGCUCUAUCCAAAGUUUGUGAUUCUGGUUUUUCACUAGACAUUUCCUUGUUUUAUGUAUACACUGGUAGAACUACAUGUUUUGAUUAAGGUAGUGGUCUGUUUGGCAUUGCGUAGAUACAUUACUAAACAAUCCAGUUAUUAAUCUACCUACGAGUCCAGGCACAAAUGACCCAUACAUUUCUAAAUUGUCCCAUUAAUAUAGAGAAAUCAACAUGCUAUAUAUAGGGAAUGUCAUGUUAUUUGCUUGGUUUUUUGAGGAAUAUGUUCAACAUUUCAAACUGUAGAUAAACUGAAGAAGAUAUUCGUGAUAUUGCUGAGGUGAUGAUUAUUUGUGGUGCACUGUAAUGCUGUAGAACAAACAUGACCUCAUCAGAUUUAUUUGAACAUUUUUGGUCCUUGAAUGACUGUUAAAUGGUAUACAACAUCAAUUAUAUAUGUGAUUUACAACAUCAAUUAUAUGUGUGACUUACAGGACUAUGUAAUACAUUGUAUGGUUUAUAUCAGAAAAUUCAACACGACUAAAUUUGAUACAAAAACCAACAGACCAAAAUGUUUCAAAUAAUUUGCAUAUCAGGUGAUGUCUGAAAAAAUGAUAUCUUUGCGUGUCCCCUUAAAAAGUAGUACUGUAUGUCUGGAUCAUGAUGUUGGCAGCUAUAGUGGUUGUUUCAUGCAUUAUUCUGUGAAUCCCAAAGACCUCAGAUUUCUUGUGUGAAAUCUAAGAUCAGUAUAUUGUUUGUUACUUCCCUUGGGAUUAUCUUGUUCAGACUUCUUCAUGUCAGUUUCUUUAUUUGAAUGCUUGGAAUGGCAAUUCAGGUCUAUGAUUGGGUAAUUGUGACUUCCUAUCGUCAUCUGUUGUCCUGUGUCAGGACAAUUGGUUACUGAUGAUGAUAACAAAAAGAAAAAGGAUUAAAGCAUAAUAAAAAUAUUCCUCUUUGACUAGCAAUACACCAUGAAGUGCUGAAAGUUUUAACUAGGAAUUUUUAUUGAGCUGCUUCUGAAAUCCAAUAUGGCUACCAACGACUAACAGUAUCUUGAUUUUUUUCACUAUCAGUGUUUUGAUUUUAAGAACUCCUAAAGGGAUGCUACGGCAUAUUUUCAGAUUAUUAAUGUUAUUAUUUCAGUUACAUUGGCUUCUGCAGAAAUCUUGUUAAAGUGUGUUGUAUGUAACAGUUGUAAAUUAUUCCGUAUCCUCACUACAUAGGGAUAUAUACAUGUGGUAAAACAAUGACCCAUCCUGGUGCACAUAUAUCCGUCCUCGUGUGAACCCGUUUUUUAUUGGCAUACUAUUUUUGUUCAAUUUUGAUUCAUUAUGAGAAUAUCAUACUAUCUUAACAAUUUUUGUUUAGUUAUUACCUUUAUACCUCCAACUAGAGGAUGGGCUUAUUUGUGAGCAUCCCAUCAUUCAUUAGGGUCUACCAUCUUUGUUAAUUUUCAUACCUUACUUAGACCUAGUUCCUCGAAGACACAAAAAAGUGGAGAGGGACUUAUUUGUGGGUGAUGGCUUAAAUGAAGGAAAAUUCAGUGACUUGGGGGAGAAAAGUGCAUUCUAACUUCAGACAGUCCUGACUGGAUAUACUGAAAGUUGAUGCCAACAAUAGGGUCAUUACAAUUUGAAAUGUUUGCAGUCAAAUGCCCUAUUGAUAAAAAGGUUACAGCCGAACUUGAUCAGAAUGCAAAAUACCAGGUAGUUGUGGUUACAUUGGUAGUUCUGAACCAUUGACGAUGUCAUAUUAUUUUGUGUGAUUAAGAUGUUUAGAAAAAUUCUAUUGUUGAUCAAUCAUUUAUUUACAGUCUGUCUAUAAUUAAUUACAUACAGUUUAUGAAUUCAAUGUAUCUCUUUUACAUGUAAUAGAAUAGAAAGAAAAUUAAGCUUGACAAAUGAUUUACACAUUGAUAGGUGAGUGUGAUAUAACACUAUUAUUCCCAUUAGAGAAUGGUUGGUAAAAGUGAUCUACAUAUUGGCAGGUGAUUCUGUCCCGAGAAUGGAUGAAAUGUUUGAUCUACACAUCAAUAUGUGUCCUGUCCUUGAAGGAAGGGAACGUUUGAUCUACACAUCAAUAGCUGAUCCUGUCCUUGAAAGGGUGGGAAUGUUUGAUCUACACAUCAAUAGCUGAUCCUGUCCUUGAAAGGGAAGGAAUGUUUGAUCUACACAUCAGUUGUUGAUCCUGUCCUUGAAGGAAGGGUAUGUUUGAUCUACACAUCGAUAGGAGUCCUGUCCUUGAAGGGAGGGUAUGGUUGAUCUACACAUCAAUAGAUGUCCUGUCCUUGAAGGAAGGGAAUUUUUGAUCUACACAUCAAUAGGUGUCCUGUCCUUGAAGGAAGGGAUUGUUUGAUCUACACAUCAAUAGGUGUCCUGUCCUUGAAGGAAGGGAAUGUUUGAUCUACAAAUCAAUGGGUGUCCUGUCCUUGAAGGAAGGAAAUGUUUGAUCUACACAUCAAUAGGUGUCCUGUCCUUGAAGGGAGUGUAUGUUUGAUCUACACAUCAAUAGGUAAUCCUGUACAUGAAAGGAAGGGAAUGUUUGAUCUACACAUCAAUUGUUGAUCCUGUCUGUGAAAGGUAGGGCAUGUUUGAUCCACACAUCAAUUGUUGAUCCUGUCCUUGAAAGGGAGGGUAUUUUUGAUCUACACAUCAA